UAAAGAUUAAGAGAAAUAAAAUUAAUGAUUUUUCAAGGAGAGAGAAGGAGGCGCUGAUGUGACAGAUUCUUAUUGGGUUAUGCAUGAGGUGUUACUCACCGGAUUUGCUCCCACAAUAGGGAGCCCUAGAGCCUCAACUUCUUUUACGAAGGCUUCUCCAUUGCAGUCUCCUAUAACAAAUUCUCAAUCCCCUAUGUCCUCUCGUCCUCCACCGUCUCGUCCUGGCCAGCUGAAGAAGAAAGAAACCUCCCGUAAGCUUUUGCGGUGAUUCCUUUCUAGCUCUUUCUGAUUUGGAUCCAUGCUUGCUCAGUUCCCAUCAGUCUCAUGUGUGUCUAUGUCCCAAUCCUACUCAUUUAGAAGUGACGAUUUCUCGUCUCCCGGAAGCGGGGAAUUGCUAGCGCAGGACCCCCUUCCACUGUAUGUCGCAAUGGGAAUUGCUAGCUCUUUCUGAUUUUCUAUUCAUGUGUGUCUAUGUCCCAAUCCUACUCAUUUAGAAGUGACGAUUUCUCGUCUCCCGGAAGCGGGGAAUUGCUAGCGCAGGACCCCCUUCCACUGUAUGUCGCAAUGGAGGUAUUUUCUAUUCAGGUAACAGAGAGUAUUAUUUCUGGCAGUACAACCUUAUAUCGUCAUUGGAAGCAUCUAUUGUGAAUUAUAAUGUUUUGGAAAAGACUUGUUCUAUUAUUUCUUUUCAGUGGAUCAACCUGAUUUUCUGGGUUGAGUACUAAGGCACAUUCAUAAUUUUGUACUGUUUGUUUCCCCUUUAGCUUCCGGAAAAAUACUUUUAAAGUAACUCUGCAAAGCAACAAACAUUGAAUUGUUAUCAUUUUUCUAUCUUACUUAGGAAUUUCCUGUGAAGUUGGAGAAGAUGAGAAGGAAGUGCAAGCUUUGGUGGCCAAAGCAGCAUUCAAAUAAACCAUUCUCAAAUAAUUGCUACUUCUUUGGCUGGUUUGUUUCUUGCUCUGCCGUAUCAAUUGAUGUUGUGGUAGCUUUUGGGUGCAGCAAGGUACCACUGUGCACUUGCCAAUCUGGUAUUCAAGUACGAGCCCUAAUUAAUACUUUGAUUCUCUCUUCAAUUCCUUAUUGUUGCUUGUUAAGAUUGUUCCAAUUUGGCAUAAGUAAAAGGUUAUCUCAUCCUGGGUAAUUUGGCAUGCUUCAAUAGCAGACCCAUUCAUAGAAAAGUAGUGAGACACAGUAGUCAUCUUUUUUCACCAGAUGGCCGGUAUUUCUUUUGUAUAAACAAGUGAUAAGUCGCCUGUAACUUGCUUAGUUGGUAAUUCCUCUGAAAGUUGCAGAAGUUAAGGUAAAAGAGAGUGGGGUGGGGGUGGUUUUCACGAGAAAUUAAAUAACAGGUGAGGAGCUCAAAUUUCUGAUUGACUGCACAAUUUGGGCGGAUGUGUACAUGAUAUUUAGUGUUGAUUAGAAUAUGUAACAGUGGAGCAUUUAUCUGAACAGGAAAUCGUCGACGAUGUAAAUAGGAGGAUGACCAUGUCGCUUCAAGAAAAAUCACGUUUCUGCCUGCUGGGUCAUUGUUCUACGCCCCUGAACAUUAAUGGUGAUGGUCUUAAAGUUGGAUCAGAAGUAGAUGGUGAGAUAGGUUCCUCUUCUGACAUUCAUGUGGCUGGAAAGAGACAACCUUCAGUUAGCCAAUGCAGCAAAGAAAGUGUUUGUGGGUGCAAUCAACUUGAUGGAUUUAUUCAACACUGUUGGAAGAAUGGUGUGGAAGGAGGCCAUUGGAUCCAUUGGAUGCACAAGUCUCAUGAACAAUCCGGUAGAGAUUUUAACUGUGUUCCUCAGUUGCAUCAUGUUCAUUGGAAUGGGCAAGUAGUAGUUCAUUGUGAUGUUCACGUAUGCAAACAACACCUUGCGAUGAAUUUCUAGAGAUCCUCUAAACAAGAGGAGGCUCUUUUAAGGAAACCUGAGUGGGUGGAUGAGCUUCAAGCAUUCCAACCAGAGUUUGACAUGGUGACAUAGUUUCCCAGAUUCCACUUUAUGUAUUUGCAUCAUGUGCUUAUGUUGCUGGUUAUCAUUGUAUUUUGAUUCAUCGACUAGGAUGCACUCAUUUUGGCGAUGAACAGUGCUUCUACAGCUAGAAAGAUUCUUCAGAGACACAUCGGGUCUAAUGGAUCUUGCACCAGCUAUCGCAUCAAGAGCAUGUAUGUGAAUUGCUACUGUUUUCUUACCUUAUUUUGCUUCAUGGUAGUUGAUCUUACAACUUUGUUUCUCAUUUUAACAUUCUCAGGUGUCUUGGUUUAGUAUGGCAAGCACUGGCUUUAUUCUUGGCAUUGCUUUCCACUAUAAUGUAUAUGAUUCUUCAGUUGUUACAUAACCUCUCUUGGUCUGGAUAUGGACUAUGGAUCUGCACCAGAUCUGCAAAGCUUGUUCCCACUAUGUCAAAAAAAUGUGCGCAUUCGUUGCGGUCAGAUGAUUUAUUGGCCAAUUUUUCUGCAAGAUAAUAGCAUCAGGUAACAAUGAAAUCCUUUGCUUAAUAAAAUGAAGGGAAAAAGGGGCUCUAUUCACAUUUUAGGUCCUGGAUGCAUGAAUAAGAUUUUACUUUCUGGUGAAAAUUGAUCUUAUAUUUGUUAUCUCCUUUUAUGUGUUUGUCUUGCAGCAACGCCAAGAGCUGAAUUAACCAUGUAGUUUGCAACUUUGUCUAAGUUUUGCUUUUUUUUUUUUUUUUGGUGCAAAACCUUUUUAUGCUGCAUUCGUUGUUGCUCUUUCUGCAUGCAUUAUGUGACAGCUAAGCAAUAUUCUUAAUACGACCCUGGGGGUGUAUUUUUACCAAAGUCGCGCAGCAAACAAUCAAUCAAAGAUUGAUUGAACUCGAAUCAAGAACAACGCGUUCUUAAUACAAAAAAUGGAUAAAACGGAACCAACGGACAAUUCCACACCUGGGGAAAGCUCGUAUGGUAUAAUUGCAUCGUCGGGACAGAGGUGAACUCUGCAACGCUCGUCACCGGGACGAUUUGUCCAUCAUCACUAUGAUCCAGACCUUCCCCUCUCUUCUCCAACCUUUCGGCAGCCUCUAGGAAUUCUUCUUUGACUGGUUCGUGCUCCGACUCUCUUCCUCCAUCGUCGUCCAAGCUGCGGAACUCAGGACUCUAUUUUGCAGGGGCAAAAUAGAGUUUGUUGCAGGCUGCAGAUUCGAGCUCUGGAUGGGCCUUCUGGAGCUUGUGAAAGCUCAUAAAUUUGAAUCCAACACGUCGUUGAACCCACAACUGAGCCCGAGACUCCUUGCGCGUGUUUCUCUUCUCUUCCAUCUGCUUCUGAUCAUUGUAAGCAUCGUCCGGAGAAGGAGCUUUCAGAAUGAUCUUCUUUCCUUGAUGUGCAAAUCGGUAAUAAUUCGUCCAACCUUCGUGUGUAACCUUCCGAUCGAAUUGCCAGGGACGUCCAAGCAAUAUGUGAGCUGUAUGCAUUAGUACAACGUCACAAAUCACUUCAUCUUCAUACUGUCGAGAUUAAAACGAACUAAAACUUGUUUUGUCACGUUGAUUGUCCUGUGUUCAUUGAUCCAACUGAGUUGCUAAGGUUGGGGAUGUCUUUGCGUUGUCAAUCCAAGCUUCUUGACGGCGUCUAAGCUAACAAAGUUUGCACAGCUGCCUCCAUCGAUUACUAACGACACCAAUUUACCUUCAACGAUUGUGAAAUAGGUUGUCCCGCUGCUCGUCGAACUCUCUAUGCUUGAUGACGACUGUUGGCUGCUUCUUUUGGCCUUGAACUUGUGUCUACUGCUCCUUGGUACUGCUCUCUACCAACUCCUUUGCUCGAAGGGAGUUUUCCAUCGCGAUUGCACACGAAACAUCAACUGUAACACACGAACAGGGGAUGCCCUGUUUUAAACACGAAUUCUACUUGUGCAGAUAUCGUCAAUUGCUUCAUCUCCUUCGCCGUUGUGUAGAACCGGGCUCUGAUACCACUUAAUACAACCCUGGGGGUGUA